AUGCUUCACAGUCACAUAACACUCCGGCCCGCAAAAGCCCAGCCGACUGGGGACCAGCGACGACCAGCAACAGAACUAGCGACUGAAACCGCAACAGAACCAGCGACUGAAACCGCAACAGAACCAGCGACUGAAACUGCAACAGAACCAGCGACAGAAACCGCAACAGAACCAGCGACUGAAACCGCGACAGAACCAGCGACUGAUACCGCAACAGAACCAGCGACUGAAACCGCAACAGAACCAGCGACUGAAACCGCAACAGAACCAGCGACUGAAACCGCAACAGAACCAGCGACUGAAACCGCAACAGAACCAGCGACAGAAACCGCAACAGAACCAGCGACUGAAACCGCGACAGAACCAGCGACUGAAACCGCAACAGAACCAGCGACUGAAACCGCAACAGAACCAGCGACUGAAACCGCAACAGAACCAGCGACUGAAACCGCAACAGAACCAGCGACUGAAACCGCAACAGAACCAGCGACUGAAACCGCGACAGAACCAGCGACUGAAACCGCAACAGAACCAGCGACUGAAACCGCAACAGAACCAGCGACUGAAACCGCAACAGAACCAGCGACUGAAACCGCGACAGAACCAGCGACUGAAACCGCAACAGAACCAGCGACUGAAACCGCAACAGAACCAGCGACUGAAACCGCAACAGAACCAGCGACUGAAACCGCGACAGAACCAGCGACUGAAACCGCAACAGAACCAGCGACUGAAACCGCAACAGAACCAGCGACUGAAACCGCAACAGAACCAGCGACUGAAACCGCGACAGAACCAGCGACUGAAACCGCAACAGAACCAGCGACUGAAACCGCAACAGAACCAGCGACUGAAACCGCAACAGAACCAGCGACUGAAACAGCAACUGAAUGUGCGGGCCUUCGGGGCAAGAUACGCAGAGAGUUUGUUCCGAAGGGCUCACCGCCUGAGACCCCGGAGAAGCGCCUCCACGAGUGUCUGCUGGACGAGCGGCUGUCCCACCUGAGGAAGGGUUUUUACUGGCGGGAUACUAUUCGAGAGUUGUCGCUGCACCCUGCUGGCGGAAGGAAUCUUGCAAAGGAGACAGACGGGGUAACGGAAGAGAUUAACAUGUCAGGGAUGAAGAUUCAUACGUUGCCUCCAUCCAGCAGUUUUAACUAA